UAACGUGCAUUUUUUCAGAAUCUCUUUAGCCCACAUUUCUCGAGCAAUUGGGUAGCAUAUUUUCCUUAGUUCUUUGCUCAUAUUUGAUUGCAAGAUUUGCGGUAACUCGGAAAUAUUAAUCAGAUGGUUUGUUUGGUUUCUCGAACGGGAAGGCAUUUGCAGAGGUACAACGACAAAGGUCGUCGUCUCGUUGUUGGGUGUAUCCCAUAUAGAUUUAAGGGGCAAGAAAAAGAUAAGGUGAACAAUCAAGUAGAGGUCCUUGUUAUCAGUUCACAAAAUGGUCAAGGGAUGAUGUUUCCCAAGGGAGGUUGGGAACUUGAUGAAUCCCUAAUUGAAGCUGCCUGUCGGGAAUCACUCGAAGAAGCUGGUGUUCUUGGAAAUGUUGAGGAUGAAUUAGGUAUAUGGGGAUUCAAGAGCAAAAGCCAAGGAACCUACCAUGAAGGUUACAUGUUUCCUUUGCUGGUCACAGAACAACUUGAUCUAUGGCCUGAACAAAAUGUCCGGAAAAGAGUAUGGAUGACAGUGGCUGAAGCUAGAGAAGUUUGUAAGCAUUGGUGGAUGAAAGAAGCGUUAGAUAAAUUUGUUAAUAGGCUUCUGUUGGAGGAGCUUGAAGAUGAGCAGCAAGACCUUCCAGCUAAAUCCCUACUCUAGAAAUUAGUUUUUAUUUGGUUAAUUAAUUAGCUUUUUUUGUAUAUAGGAUCCUUGAGGAACAUGAUCAGUUAGCCCAUGGAAUCCCCAAAGGAGGAUGACCAAUGCACUCAAUUUCUAAUUUUUGAAGUUUCUUCUUCGUCUUUUCUGUUUU